AUGAAAAUUGUUGGUGCUUCAGAUUCAUAUGAUGGUGCCUUGUUGGCUUACGAGAAUCUAAAACGAGGAGAUAAAUAUGGGUACUCUGAUGGCAGUGAAAACACGCAAGCUACCAAAGCCAUCGAGACAGAGACUAAAGAUCAAGUUAAGAAAACAAGUAAAAAUAUAGCGACUUUGUUGACGACUGAUGAUGAUGAUGAUGAUGAUGAUGAUGAUAAUAAAAUACCCAGAAAAACAACUCAACAAUCAUCAAUAAUUUUAAGUGAAAAAAAUCAUGAUAGUAAUGGUAACAGUUGUGAUAAUACUAAUGAUGAAACAUCUAAGAAAAAAACUCAACGUCGUGCCAGUGGUAGUGGUGUUAAUAAUGGUGGUAGAUCAAGAGAUGCUUAUGAUAAUAAUUAUGAUGAUCAAUGUGAUACUGAUGUUAAUGAUGAUGAUGAUAUAGUAACAUCACGCAAUGAAACUACUUCUAACAUAUCUAAAAAAGCAUCAAGUUCAAUAGUUUCAAGAAAACGUAGUCGUGUUGAUGAUGGUGGUGGAUCAAGAGAUGCUUAUAAUGAUAAUUGUGAUGAUCAAUGUGAUACUGAUGUUAAUGAUGAUGAUGAUAUAGUAACAUCACGCAAUGAAACUACUUCUAACAUAUCUAAAAAAGCAUCAAGUUCAAUAGUUUCAAGAAAACGUAGUCGUGUUGAUGAUGGUGGUGGAUCAAGAGAUGCUUAUAAUGAUAAUUGUGAUGAUCAAUGUGAUACUGAUGUUAAUGAUGAUGAUGAUAUAGUAACAUCACGCAAUGAAACUACUUCUAACAUAUCUAAAAAAGCAUCAAGUUCAAUAAUUUCAAGAAAACGUAGUCGUGUUGAUGAUGGUGGCGGAUCAAGAGAUGCUUAUGAUGAUAAUUGUGAUGAUCAAUGUGACACUGAUGUUAAUGAUGAUGAUGAUAUAGUAACAUCACGCAAUGAAACUACUACUAACAUAUCUAAAAAAGCAUCAAGUUCAAUAGUUUCAAGAAAACGUAGUCGUGUUGAUGAUGGUGGUGGAUCAAGAGAUGCUUAUGAUUUUAAUUGUGAUGAUCAAUGUGAUACUGAUGUUAAUGAUGAUGAUAUAGUAACAUCACGAAAAAUUUAA